AUGAAAAAUAACAUUUUAACUAAUUCUGAUAUCAAUUCUCUAUCCAGAAGAAAAUAAUCUCAUCCAUUAACAACAGCACGAUAAAAUUCAUCAUAAACACAUUAAACUCAAACUAUAUUUAAAACUCCUGAAAAAUCAAGCAUAUUUAGGUAAAAAACACCAUCAACAAAAACAAAACUAAAAACUUAUAAUCAUGAAUGUAAAGAAAAUGAAAAUAGUACAAUUUACAAAAAUAGUUCCUCAAAGAAAUCUAAUAGAUAAAUAUAAGAAAAAUAACCAAGUAACUUAAUGAAGUAAAUAAAUUAAAAACUAAAUUAAAAAUCAGUAUCAGUUCCUGACAUCUUAGAAAACACAAUAGAUAACAAUGAAAUUAAGUAGAUUGGUUUAACUUAAUUUUAAAGAACAUUUGCCUAGAAUAGAGUAAUCAAGAUAUAGGAUUUAUUUAGUUCAAAUUAAAUCACUAUAAAAGAAUUGGAAAAAAAUUGGUAAGCACAAUUAACAUUAGAAUCAGAAUUAAUAAAAUCCAUAUAACCAAAUGAUAACAUUUAGUAAAUUAGAAAUGAUUCUAAGGAUAACUUAUUAAAUUCUGUGGUUCGCAUAGAAAAUUCAACUAGUCAUUUACCUAUAAUCUAUGUUAUUGAUUUGGCAUCAUUGUGA